AAAGUUUCUCCUUUUCUUGCAGAAAGAAAAAGCUUCCACAAUUCACGUUAAGAAUCCAAUUCCGUCUUCGUCACCUUAUUUUUAUUAUAUAAAUAUUUGCUCCAUUUCACGCAGUUCAAGAAAAUCAUUAGAAGAACCUUUUUUUUUUUUUUUUUUUCCUUUUUCUUUAUCUUACACCAUUCCUCUUAGUUGAAGUUUACUCCUCUUCUCUGUUUUCCCACAUAUAUCAUCAAUCAGACAUGGCGAAUGUGGUGGAAGUGAAAGUUGGUUUGCACUGUGACGAGUGUAUCAAGAAAAUCCUCAAGGCCAUCAAGAAAAUUGAAGAUAUUGAAACGUAUAACGUGGAGACAGAACUGAACAAGGUCAUCGUUACGGGUAACGUCACAACAGAAGAAGUGAUCAGAGUCCUUCAUAAGAUUGGAAAGAACGCAACUCCCUGGGAAGAUACUCAAACCAAGAAGUGAAGUUUAAUGUAGCAUACAACUUUCCUUUUUCUCAAAACAAUCAUAUAACUUAUGGUAAUGUAUGCUAAGGUUCAAUUAUCUAUUAAUAAUGUAAUUAUAUCUAUCUCAGUUUUGUAAUUCUUGAACUUCAUCCGAAUAAAUUAUCG